UCAGCCAAACAUGUUAACAAUAGGUGGCCUAUGGCGGUUAGCUUGUGCAAUCAUUUGGGCUGUGAAGUAUCGAGACGGAUAGCUAUCAUAUCCGUCCAUUGUGUCGCCACUGUUUGAGGUCUUGAACAUUUCAUGUUGAAUCAUCGCGCUCGAUUUUGCUUGGGUAUUAUUCUGCGGCCAGUUGCGACGCAGCAGGCAAACGCUGGGCUAUCCAAUGAAGACGCGAUAGACAAAUUUCGUGAGAAGUAUAACUCCGAAAGCAUCAUCCGGGACACAGAACACAUCCAAGAAGAUCUCAAGCAUCUUAUCGACUUGCAAAAAGAGGGAACGAUAUCGAACGAGCAGUCAAUAUUCUACGUCAUGAGAAUGCACGAUUUCGACAAUAAUAAUCUUCUUGAUGGACUCGAACUUAUGAAAAUCGUAUCCCACUCAACUGCUCUGCGUCCUGACAUUGCAGGACUUACGGUGGAACAGCUCGAAGCGUUAGUGGACGCCUUUCUUCACCUCGACGCCAAUCAGGAUGGAUUCAUUAGCUAUGCUGAGUGGGUCGACUCGAACCGGCGGUCCCAAAAAAGUGAAACAACUAAGUAACUUCGCACACUUAUACCAGACGGGAGCUUCUCCUAGGAAUCAAUCGAAAUUAAUGAACAUUUAGACAAAACGCGAGAAAGGAAUCGAUAUCAGACGUAACAUAGUCACUCGUAUGUAUAUUUAUUAUCGAACGGCAUCGUAUGAAUUGCGUAUGAUAAAUAGUACGAUAGCAAAUGAAAAUUCGACAGUGAAGAAAUUUAGCAUGUGAAGGAAGGACAA